UCCCGAACCAGCACACCGAGACAGCGACGCCGUUUAGAACGAAAUCAAUACGCCGCCCGUCGUUGUUUUUUGGUCCAUAUUUCAACAAAGACUUGCUGUGUCGCCUCUUCGAUUGGGUACUUCAUCUUUGUUGUUCAGUCGCUUUCACGGUUUGUCUCGGCUGCCCUACUUCACAGACGAAUUCACAAGCAACUACGAUUCACUACCGCACAUCACAACUCUCGCAGUAAUUGUUUUUGAAGAUUAGAAGAGUAUCCCAAAAUGGAUCAUUCUCCAGAGGAGCCCUAUAGAUGUCCAGCUCCAAGACAUAAGUGCGCAAUGAAUGGAAAUUAUGAAUUCUAUAUUUAUGGCUCAGUACUUUCAGAUCCAACCAGCAUACAAUUUAAAACUCUACCAUUUCAGCGUAUUAUAAAUCAAGUUGUUCCACCGAUGGGUAUUGAUUUCAUACCAAUUAUAGAAAUUGCGGGACCAGAUAACGUACGCAAUCAUGUUGGUGUGGAAUUUUAUUUGUCAUUAUCAGAUAUUCAACACAUUUGGCCGCCAAACAGAAAACAGGUUAGCCUAUUGCAGAUCCGUAUUGGAGAACAACUAUCAGGGAUGAGCGAGUUGUCAGAAGAAUUACCACAACCAAUAUUAAUGUUUAUCAAUUCUAAACAAAUACCUAUGAACGAUAUAAAAAGCCCUUUAAAUGUUAAUGCUAUUGAUUAUUUGCACUUAAAUACUGUUAAAGCUAAUAAGAUCACAAUUUCUUGGCCACCUUGUAAAAGAUCAUUUAAUAUGGUAGUAAACUUGGUGGAUAUAAUCAGUGUUGUUGAAAUGGUGGAAAACAUAAAAAUGGACGAAGAUCGAUUUUUAUCAGCAUUAGAAACAAAAAAGAAAGCCAAGGAAUUUUUGAAAAAUCCUGGUAAAGAUUUGGAGACUUACAACUUGACUCUUUUAUGUCCAAUAAAUAAAUCAAAAAUGAAACUGCCUGUCAAAUCUGUCAAAUGUAAUCAUUUGCAGUGUUUUGACUUGCAAGCUUUCAUUUCUUUGAAUGAGAUAGAACCCACAUGGCUGUGCCCUAUAUGUUCGAAGUCCUGUAUCUUGACUGAUUUGAAAAUAGACUCUUUCCUUUCGUUUAUUAUCAAUAGUAUAAACUUACCUAAAACUUGCGAGGAAGUAGAGCUUGAUGCGAAUGGUAAAUGGAAACCAUGUAUAUUGAACAGUGAUAGUCGUGAAGGUAUUUUGGGUACAUCUUGUGGCCCUUUAAAAAAAACUAUUCUUGAAAUUGAUUUGGGUAACUCAGAUGAUGAAGAUCUCGGUGAUAUUGUAAAAACAGUAUUACCGAUAACAAGUGCAGGGAAUUCAAAUGGUUCAAUAAGAUACUAAUAAUUAAAUUAUAUAAUACGAUACGGCUUUUUAAAUUUAGUACAAAUGAUUAUAUAACAUUCAGAUAUUCAAGUGUUUUUUUAUCGAUUGUUAAUCAUUUAAUCAAAUAAUGUUUAAAAUAUUGUAUGAAAAGCAAAGCAACGGACUUAAAGUUCGUAUUUCGUCGUCAUUUGAUUUUUCUAUUUUUUUUCUACAAAAGCUUCAAUUCUAUCGAAUGGUUAAAGACGUCUAUAUUGGAUUAUAGUUUUAACUAAUGCAUUUUUAAUUUCUUGGAGUAACUAUAAUUUUUUUGAUCAAAAUCACGAUUAAAGUUGCAAUGGUUGCCCGACGGGCUAUGGCAUAAGUGAUAUAACAUGGUAGUUGAAAUUGCUCGCAGAACCAGCUGCUUAACUGAGUCUCUAUCCGUGAAAAUAAUAUAAUUGCUAAUGAUUUAAAAUUUCAUAUUCACAAACAUUUAAGUAUUGUGAAUUGCGACAACGAUAUAAUAUAGUACAUAAAUAUUCUACUACGGUCCACGAGCACUACAGAAUUGUUUAAUCAUGAGAAUUAAUAUUAUGAAGACACCAAUUCCGUAGCUCGUCGGACAAUCAUCAUAUCUUUAAUCAUGAAUCUUAUUUGUGAAGAUAGAUCCAGCCUAGUUCGCUCUUAUACCAAAAAUGAAAAUUAGUUGUCAUCAGUUAUAUUAAGUUGCAUUGUAUUUUUAUUUAAUUUUGUAUUUACGUUUUUCAAUAUUAUUAAUUAUCAAUUGAUGUGUUAUUAUUAAUGACAUUUUAUAAUUUAAUUCUUGUGUAUGGAUUAUAUUGUAUAACUGUAAAAGAAAAAUAGUUUUUAAUUUGACUCAAUAGUAUUUUAUGUAGAAUUAAAUUCAUUAGAAUUUAAAUAAAACUUGUAUUUAUCAUUUGAAUGCAUAACUAAUUGUAUUUUAUUUAUUUGUAUUCAAUAUUUAUUUUGUAAGUAAUUGAAGCAAUUUUUUUUAUAAGUUGGAGUUGGAAGUAUUAUGCCAAUUUAUUUUUUGGGUGGGGGUAGAAUAUUUCCCUCACCCAACCCUGUUUUAAAUAAGAUAUUAUAAUUAAGUGGAGGUGCGGGCCCUGAUUUUAAAUGUCCGACCAGGCCAUUUUUUUUAAAUCCGCCACUGGUAGGUAACUAAAUGUUUGAACACAAUAUAAUAUUAUUAUUAUUUAUAAUAAAAAUUAUAAUAGUAGGUACUUAUAAUUCUAGUAUUAUAGUAUGUUAUAGAUAUGUGGA